AUGAAAGAACGCAAACGCUUCCAGAGCGCGAUUGAUGAGUUGAAGAAGCGUCAAAUGGUGCUGGAGACAGAAUUUGUAAGAAUCAGUGCAACAAUCUUGUUUAAGAUUCUUCUCAAGUAUAGGCCUGAGGACAAAGCAGAAAAGAAGGAUAGGCUUUUGAAAAGGGCUCAGGAAGAGUCUGAGGGUAAAACAGUUGAGACAAAGAAGCAUAUUAAUGUCAAGUAUGGUCUCAAUCAUGUUACCUACCUCAUUGAGAAAAUGGAAAUUCCAUACUGUAUUGUUAAGGGGAAGGCUCGCCUUGGAAUUGUUGUCCAUAAGAAAAUUGUAGUUGUUUUGUGCUUGACAACUAUUAAAAAUGAAAAUAAAAUGGAGUUUAGCAGGGUCCUUGAAGCAAUCAAUGAAAACUUCAAUGACAAGUAUGAAGAGUACAGGAAGAAGUGGGGUGGUGGAAUCAUGGGUUCCAAAUCCCAAGCCAAAACUAAGGCGAAGGAAAGGCUUAUUGCCAAGGAAGCUGCCCAGAGGAUGACUUAG